UUAGUCUUCAUUUGGUAAUAAAAAAGAAGACAAACCCUAGCGGCCGUUACUCUCUCUCUCUCUCUUGGGCGAUUUCCGGUGAAGUCAAACCGUCUCCGCCGCUUACACUGGUUGCUGUCUCGCUGCUGUUGCUAUAUCCUUCCUCUGGUCCCUCUCUCUAGCGUCUCUCUCUCAGACCACUCUCUUCGGCGUGUUGUCGUUACUCCUUCGGCGGUUUCCGGUUUCCGGUGGUUAUUGUUUCCCCUACGAUGAGUCAUUCGAUAACUACCAGGUGCAAGAAGAAGCUUUCUUACUCUGUUUACUCAACAGCAUGGGGAUAGCUAAUCAUCUCAUUCUAACUGAUGAGAUUGAUAAGCUUGGGAGAGGCCAUGCUGGUGACCCAGCCAGUGCUUUGUUGGAUCUUCUGGAUCCAGAGCAAAAUGCAAAUUUUCUGGAUCACUAUCUGGAUGUUACCAUUGACCUCUCAAAGGUUUUGUUUGUGUGCACAGCAAAUUUGAUAGAUAUGAUUCCCAAUCAUCUGCUAGACAGAAUGGAGGUGAUUAGUAUUGCUGGCUACAUCACUGAUGAGAAAGUUCAUAUCGCCAGAGACUAUUUGGAGAAAAUCGCACGUGGAGAUUGUGGCAUCAAACCUGUACAGGUUGAGGUGAAUGAUGCAGCUCUUCUUUCAUUGAUAGAAAAUUACUGCAGAGAAGAUUUACAAGAAGGCGCAGUUGCAGUUGCAGAGAACCAGUUCCUGUAGGAGCUACACCUAAGAGCGGUCCAAGUGCAGACUGCACUAUGAUCACAUCGUUGCUAUCACUUGCCAUAAAGAAACCUGGUCAGAAAGAUCUUGCAAUGACUAGAGAAGUCACUUUAACUGCUAACUCAGGCCUCUUAAACGAAAAGCGUGAUAUAUACAGUUUUGGUGUUUUGCUUCUUGAAGCUGUAACUCGACGAGAUCCGGUUGAUUAUGGACGUCCUGCUAAUGAGGUUGCACGGGUACGCCUCUUGGGUGCCGUCUCGCGUACCGGGUUCGGCAGGGGGACGGGUACGUCUCGGGUACGCCUAGGAAACGACCCCGACACAUGUAAGGUGAACCAGGGACGGCAUGGCUUAAGGGGGAGGGGUUUGGUCAGAGAUGGGAGACGUCUCAGAGACGUAUCCGUUGAUUUUUGUGUUAAGAAAGAAUUGUUUAUCAAAUAUUAAUAGUCUCUUUCACUUCCACAUUGUUCUCUUCCAUUCUCCUACUUCUAUGUCUUUCUCUUUUGACUCUCAACUAUAUCUCACGUAAGCAUGUUUCUUCUU